GGGCAGAUGAGGAAGUGGAUUACAUUUCUGUGAAGGCAAAACAAGGAGGAGGCGGCAGAAAGUAAACAUGCAGCAUAGACAAUCUUUGAUGAUACAAACAGAGAAAGGCGCGUUCAUUGUAUUUAAGUAUCGCUGGACGUUCAUUCCUCAGAAGUUCUGUCUUUUUUGUUUUGUUUUACGUAACUCCAAGUGGGGAAACAAUGUCAAAGUAGUGAACCACGUUCCUCUUUGGUUUUAAAUGACACAAAGUGUUUUUAACAGGAGUAUGUUUCACCAGAAUUACCCAGCUACUAUCAGCAGACUGACUCUCCUCCGUGUCCAGUUUAAUAAACAACUUGUAACUAUGUCAAUACCGAAGCUCUCGGAAGAAAGCAGGAAGCGACAGGCAGACGGCGGUGUGUUGCAGAUCGAUGCCGUCAGGAGGAGGGAGGCGGGCGGCGGUGACGCGGCGACACGCAGCGUGGGGGGCGAGCACGGUGCUGCUGCAGAGUUCACGGAGGAGGACGUGGCCAUCCACGCAAUCCAUAGAGAGGCAUGUGAGGCAAAGAAGCAGAUGUAUGUCGACCCUUCCAGCGGGUAUAAGGUGUUCACAGAAUAUGCCCACCGUCAGAGAGGGAAAUGCUGUGGCAGCGCGUGCAGACAUUGUCCAUAUGGCCAAGUCAACGUGAAGGACCCUGAGAAGAAGAAAACAUUCAAUUCUCUGUUUUAUGUAUAGACUUCAUGCCAAAGGUAAAAUGCCUGUUUGGAAUGGAACCCACCACACAUUGCCUGUCUUCUGCCUGUCGUUAUUUAGACUACUUGAGAGUCAUUUUUUAGCCGUGUAAUAAAUGAUGAAAUAUGGGUAGUGUCUCUGCAAUACCUACCUCUUAUGAA